AGAAAAAAGAAAAAAAGCCAAUGGCAAAUUUACUUGCAUAUGGUUUUGUUUUCCAUAAUGCUUCAUUUGUUUGUGAAAACACACCUGAAAAAGAAAAGGGAAACUUGGAAUUGUAUGAAAGCAAUGGUUCUCAUGACAUUGACACAGAAAAUCAAGAAUGGGAAGCUAAUACUUCUAUAUGCAGAAGGCCACGAGCUGGGUUCUCUGACUCUUUUUCAUCUCAUGACAUGGAGGGGGGCAUGUAUGAGUCCUCUCCAAGAGGAGUUCUUGAGGGCAGCUCAAGAAGCUUAGAAUCUGAUACAGCUUCUCCCGGGGCCAGUACUUCUGACUCAGAAGGUAACCAAGAUCCAGGAUCCUCUACACGCUGGAAUGGCUUCUUUCAUAUGUUGAAGAAAGGACCGAAUGUGAGCUUUCAGAAAUGGAAAAGUGUCCCAAAACUCACUAGGAGGAAAAGCAAAAGAAUUAGAGAGGAAAUGGUUCCAGCACUCAGGCCUUCUAUAGAUGGUGAACUUUGCUACUUCAAAUCUUGCUGGAAGAAUUUCACACUCUCAGAGCUCGAAGCUGCAACCAACAACUUCAGCCAUGAUAAUUUAAUUGGGGAGGGAGGCUAUGCUGAAGUUUACAAGGGCGCAUUGGAAGAUGGGCAGCUGGUUGCAAUUAAACGACUGACAAGAGGAACUCAAGAAGAAAUGACUGCCGACUUCUUAUCUGAGCUUGGGGUUAUAGUCCAUGUGGAUCACCCUAAUAUUGCUAAAUUGAUUGGGUAUGGGGUUGAAGGGGGGAUGCACCUUGUUCUUGAAUUGUCUCCCCAUGGGAGUCUAGCAUCUAUACUUUAUGGGCCAAGGGAGAAAUUGGAUUGGGGAAUCAGACAUAAGAUUGCAUUAGGGAUUGCUGAGGGCCUUGUUUAUCUUCAUGAGGGAUGUCAUAGGAGAAUUAUCCACAAAGAUAUCAAGGCUUCUAAUAUAUUGCUUGCAGAGGAUUUUGAGCCUCAGAUUUCUGAUUUUGGGCUUGCAAAGUGGCUACCCGAUCAAUGGACUCACCAUACUGUAUCAAACUUUGAAGGCACAUUUGGCUACCUUCCUCCCGAGUACUUCAUGCAUGGCAUUGUAGAUGAGAAAACUGAUGUCUAUUCUUAUGGAGUACUAAUCUUAGAGCUCAUCACUGGACGGAAAGCUCUGGAUAGCUCACAGCAAAGCCUCGUGAUGUGGGCCAAACCUUUGCUCUCUAAGAACUGUAUCUUGGAGCUUGUUGAUCCAUUUCUUGUGGAUGCCUAUGACUCAGAACAGAUGAAUCGUAUGGCCUUGACAGCUUCUUUGUGCAUCCAUCAGUCUUCAAUCCAUCGUCCUCAAAUGAGCGAGGUUGAAAAGAUUCUGAAAGGCGAUGCCCACACUUUAGCUUCCAUAAAACAAUGCCAACAAUCUAAGUUUCAAAGGACAUACUCUGGGGAGCUGUCUGAUGCAGAAGAGUAUAACUCAACUAAGUAUUUAAAAGAUCUGGGUCGAUAUAGGGAGAUUGUUUUGGGGCCCAGUAAUGAUGCUCAAAAUAUUUGUGUGGACAAUAACUAUGAUUUCAAGGGAGCUUGAGUUUCUAGGACUUGAUUUUGUUUCUACAACCCAACAUAGAGGGACUAAAACAGUUUGGAAGAAAGAAGGAACAUCAUCAGAAAGGCCUAAAUGCUAAAUGUAUUGCUUCUAUGACUUGCAUAUAUGAUGUAUCAUGUAUCAUGAGUAUAAUAGAAAUGUGGAUUAAAAACUGUGAAGUUUACAAGCUUAGGUUGCAUUUUGAGAGCCACUGUUUUUCUAGGAAAUAUGUUUUGAAUGAUAAAUAGUACUUUCUGCUAA